AUGGAUGAAGAUGAUGCCGACUACAUGCAAGGUAGCGAGGAUGAGGACUAUAACUUCGAUUAUUCUGAUAACGAAGACGCGAAUGAAUCAGGCAGUGUGGAUGUUGAGAAUAUGUAUUACAAAGCGAAAUCUAAGAAGGAAGAACAACCAGAAGAAGCCUUGAAGGAAUUCCGGGCUAUCAUCGACCAGGAGGCAGAGAAGGGUGAUUGGGGCUUUAAAGCACUUAAGCAGUCAACAAAGUUGCUGUUUCUUGGGUUGCGCAGACCAAACGAUGCUCUGAAAACAUAUACCGAACUUCUGACUUACACAAAGUCUGCGGUCACGCGUAACUACUCCGAAAAAACCAUCAAUGGUAUCUUGGAUUACGUUGGUGGUGGAAAGGGCGGAGCUGUCGAGGUUGAUGUACUGGAGAAAUUCUACCAAGUAACCAAGAAAGCUUUGGAGGAGGCAAAGAAUGAGCGUCUCUCGGUGAAGACAAAUCUGAAACUAGCAAAGUUAUGGUUGGAUCGCAAGGAGUACGGACGCUUGUCAAAGCUCAUCCGUGAUCUUCAUUCUGCCACUGCCGCUACGAGCGAUACAGAUGAUCAAUCACAGCGUGGCACUCAGCUAUUAGAAAUAUACGCGCUUGAAAUUCAAAUGUACAAUGAGACUCGCAACUUCAAGAAACUCAAGGAAAUUUACAACGCCAGUAACGCUGUUCGUUCUGCUAUUCCCCAUCCCAGAAUCAUGGGUGUGAUAAAAGAGUGUGGGGGUAAAAUGUGGAUGGGGGAGCGUCAGUGGAAUCGAGCUAGUGAAGAUUUCUUCGAAUCAUUCAGGAAUUACGACGAAGCUGGGUCACCACAGCGAAUUCAAGUCUUGAAAUACCUUGUUCUGGCGAACAUGCUGACGGGUAGUGAAGUCAACCCCUUUGACAGCCAAGAAACCAAACCAUACAAGACGAAGCCUGAAAUCAAAGCGAUGACAGACUUGGUCGACGCGUAUCAACGUCGUGAGGUUCACUCGGCUGAGAAAAUCUUACAAGACAAUCGUUCCACAAUCAUGGACGACGGCUUUAUACGUGCCUACAUUGGGGAACUCCUUCGUAGCUUGCGCACCCAGUAUCUGAUAGACUUAAUCAAGCCCUACACCCGUCUUGAGCUAUCAUUCCUAGGGAAACAAUUGAACAUUGAAACUGAGGAAGUGGAAGAAUUGCUCAUUGGCCUCAUUCUGGAAGGCAAGGUGGAAGGUCGUAUUGAUCAAGUGGGAAUGAGGCUUGAGCUCGAUCGCAACUUGGAGAAGAAGCGAUAUGCGGCUCUGAAUAAAUGGACAGAAGCAUUAGAGUUGGUGCACUCUGCGGUUGUAGGCAAGACUGCAACAGUCGGGAGGUCAGAUCCAUCCGUACUAGGUCCAGAAGGGUUCGGUGUCCGAGAAGAGCGAUGGAAUAUCUAG